AUGACCAGCCCGUUUACACCAACCACCACCCAGCCCGGUCUAGUCGUCGACGAUGACGACAACGUCAUCGUCCGCCGUGACUGCCCCUUCCCCUCUCUGCCGCCAGACCAAGUCCUCGUUCGUGUGCACGCCGUCGGCGUCAACCCCAGCGACACCAAGAUGCGCGGGCCGUUCGCUCUUCCCCACGCAAUCCUUGGCGCCGACUUUGCAGGCGAGGUCGUCGCCAUCGGGGCCGACGUGACCGACGUGCGGAUAGGCGACCGCGUAUGCGGCGCGCAGAACGAGCUCUUCAAGGCGAGUCCAGAGCGCGGGGCAUUUGCUGGCUACAACGUGACUCGCGGCCGCAUGUGGAUGAAGAUCCCUGACGCGUGGAGUUACGAAGCGGCCGCGAGCUUGCCCGUUGGGCUUUGCACUGCCGGUCUGGCGCUGAAGCUGCUGGGGUUGCCGCUACCAGAUCAGCCGGUAGACAAAGCCGCGCAUGUGCUGGUUUACGGCGGGAGUACUGCGACGGCCACGAUUGCCAUCCAGCUCUUGAAGCUGUCUGGGCUGAUUCCUAUCGCCGUGUGCUCGCCCAAGAACUUUGCGCUGGCGAGGAGUAACGGUGCCGAAGAGGUUUUUGACCGGCAUGACAAGGAAUGUGCGCAGAAGAUUAAAUCCUACACGAAAAACAAUCUGAAAUACGCCCUCGACUGCAUCACCAGCGUCGAGUCGACCAUUCUGUGCUUCGCGGCCAUCGGGCGGGCGGGCGGCAAAUACGUCUCACUGGACCCCUGGCAGGAGCACGCGGCCACGCGCAAGGUCGUCAAGUGCGACUUCACCGUCGGGCCGAGGGUGUUUGGCGAGGGAUGUACGUGGCCUGCCCCGUACGGGAGUGAGCCGGACGAGGAACUGGGAGACUUCGGGGUGAAGCUGUGGGACGUGGCGAGGGGGCUGGUUGCUGAGGGAAAGCUCAAGAACCACCCCCUCAGAGUACUGGAUGGUGGGUUCGAGGCGAUUAUGGCGGGGAUGGAGCUGAUUCGUGACAAGAAGUUAUCUGGCGAGAAGAUCGUAGUGCGGAUGUAG